CAAGAACCUCAUCCUGCAACCAACCACAGACUUGCGCGUCACCUGCUAUUCUGCCACAACAGCCCUAUAUACAACCUGUUUUCUCGCGAGCUCUCGUCCGUCAAUUAACUUAUCCGCUUGCAGAACCGCCAUGGCGAGCGAGAAGUCAGACACGCUUGUCCACAAGCAAGACGCCCAGAUCAAGUCGGCAGAUAUGAGCGAGGAGAUGCAACAGGAAGCGAUUGAAGUUGCAACCCAAGCUAUGGAGCAGUUUAGCAUUGAAAAGGACAUUGCCCAAUUCAUCAAAAAGGAGUUCGACAGCCGCAAGGGCGCGACAUGGCAUUGCAUCGUUGGAAGAAACUUCGGCAGCUUUGUCACCCACGAGACCAAGCACUUCAUAUACUUCUACCUAGGUCACUGCGCCAUCCUCUUAUUCAAAACUCAGUAAGUGCUGCGCCAACAGCAGCCCAAGCACCAUGUGACCCCCUGGAAUCGGUCUUUGCCACUACUUUUUGGGUUGGCCGCUGGAUUGCCUCGAUUCCGGGACCACGCUACCUUAUCUGGAAUGAGCCGGCCAGUGAAAUUCAAUCCGUUUUGAAUUGUCGGGAUCAGGGAGCAUCACGGCAUUGGAGCUCUACAGUUGAAUGAAGGCGCAAGGGGAUGGGGUUUCACAUGAUGAUCCGGUAACUAUGAUGAUGAGGCUAUGGGGGUUAGCAAUGACUGCCACGAGUCUCCUUUCCAAAAGUCUGGGGUCCGGGAAUCUUCUGUACUGUAACGGAUAAUUAUCUGGCUGCGGUUUGGUAGUCACUAUUCACUUAAAAUCGUCUGAUUCAUCCCUUUUGAGUUUUGAUAGCUUCUGAGCAGCAUUUCAUGGAAGUUACAAGUAAUUGAGAGAAAAAAGGUGG